UUGAAUGAGAAUAUAGGUCACGAUGAGAAAGGCUGGUAUAUACUGGCUGAUUGACUGGCUAACUACUGGCGAUAAGAGCUGCAAGUGCAAAGGCGUGAACGAUGAUAACUGAAAUUUUGCUGCUGUUGGUCGUCGGUCUGUUAACAGGAAUUGUAUGGAAUCGCAAGAAAAAGCAACAAUGGUUCAAAGAUCUUGGAAUCCCUGGCCCUGAACCCAGCCUAUUCCUUGGCAAUCAGUUGGAACUCCUCGAUGGACCUACGCAAGCUGUCAAAAGGUGGACGAAGGAAUACGGGAAGACCUUCGGAUACUUCGAGGGUGUCACUCCAGUUUUGGUGACAUCGGAUCUUGAAAUCAUUAAGCAUGUGUUCAUCACAGAUUUCAAACAUUUCAUGGCAAGAAAGCCUUUCCCAUUUGGGCCUGACCCAGAAAGCAAGAAUUUCAGCAAUGUGUUUCUUGCCCAUGGCCAGAUGUGGAAGAGAUACCGCAGCUUCAUGAGCCCAAUGCUCAGUACCACUAAGCUGAAGGCGACAACCCCCUUAAUAACGAAAGCCUGCGAUACAAUGAUGGAUAUUCUUGAGGAGAAGAGCAAGGAAGUGAAGCCAUUCGAUGUGUUACCGUACUAUCAGGGCCUGACGAUGGAUGUGAUCAGUUCAACCGCCUUUGGCCUCGAAAUCGAAGCGCAGAAGGACCCGGAAAAUGAAUUUCUGGUCAAUACAAAAGCGCUCUUCAAGCACCAUAACUUCAGGAGAGAGCCCCGUUACCGACAAGCCUUGGUGUUGAUGGCGAUCAUGUUUCCAUCCGUAGGAUCCUUUCUUUUCAAAUUGUUCGCCUACCUGUUCAUGUUAGGAAUCAUCAAGUUUGAGGCGUUCCAGCUUGGGGAGAGACUUGAAGAGGUCAUUCAGGAAAGGAGACAGUGCAAGGAACGAGGUGAGGAGUGCCCCAAGGAUUUCCUCCAAUAUAUGCUGGACGCGGAGGUGGACGAAGUGGACGACUUGGACAUCCUAACGAUCGUACAUGAUGAGAGCGAGACGCCUGUGGAGAUGAGCAAGAUGACCAGUGGUGAACGUAGACAGGUCAAGAAGUUGACCAAACAUGAAACGGUUAGCAACCUUUACGUAUUUCAAAACGCAGGAUUUGAUACCACGAGCGCAGCCCUGGCUUACGCAUCCUAUGAACUGGCGCUGAACCCGGAAGUUCAGAGGCGUAUACAGGAUGAACUGGACGAACAAUUAGGAAAUAAACCUCCUGAUUAUGAGGACAUCGGCAAGUUGGUUUACCUGAGCAUGGCUUUCAACGAAGUGUUGAGAAUGCACCCAAUCGGCCCAAGCCUGGUGACCCGACUCUGCAUGGAAAGGACAACCAUCUGCGGCCUGACGAUACCAGCGGGCAUGACCAUUAUGGCCAAUGUAGAAGACAUCCACUAUGACCCCGAAAUAUGGGGACCAACUGACCCAGAUGUCUUCGAGCCGGAACGUUUUUCAAAAGAAGAAAGAGCGAGACGUCACCCCCUUUCCUUUCAAGCCUUUGGAAUUGGUCCGAGGAAUUGCGUGGGCAUGCGGCUAGCCCAGGUCGAGGCAAAGAUGGCGCUGGCUAGAAUCCUUCAAAAGUUUAGCUACGAGAAGUGUGAGGAGACCGAGGUCCCGCUGCGGAAAGUUGAACAGUUGACGGUCGUGCCGGAGAAUGGUGUGACGGUGCGAUUGGUACCGAGGGAGUUGUAGGACUGGAGAGGCGGUAUUGCAUUAAAAACACGAAGUGGUCGAUUCUCCCUUGCCGAUUCAUACGAUACAAAACUUCUAUUAUCAUAACAUUGUAUUUAUUGUAUGGUAAAAUACGCAUGGUUUUAGUCACUCCUAAUAAAAUUCAUAUAGCCUGUAUCUCCUUUUGUUAACUUUUUUGAAGAUUUUGUGUACAGUAACUAUUGAACGGCUUUCGGGUCGCCAUUUAUUUUAACGCUCAUUAUGAAUGUGUGAGAUGAAUAUUAGUACAUGUAUACAGAGAGUAUGUACUUGCAUGCCAGACAAGUGAUGUGUCAAUAAUUGUAGUAUCUAUGACUGGAAUUGUUGCUGAUUUUGUAGGCCCUUCAUGAAUAAAAGUACCCACUUCUGUACAAUAAA